CAUCAUCACCAUCUCCUCGUUUUGUUAAAUCUCUGAAAGUCUCUCUCUCUUUCUCAACUCUCAAUCUCAUCUCAACAACUAUGGAUCCCUACAAGUAUCGUCCAGCAAGUUCUUACAACUCUCCUUUCUUCACCACCAACUCUGGUGCUCCUGUAUGGAACAACAACUCCUCCAUGACCGUUGGACCAAGAGGUCCUAUCCUUCUUGAGGAUUACCAUCUCGUUGAGAAGCUUGCUAACUUCGACAGGGAGCGUAUUCCCGAGCGUGUGGUUCAUGCUAGAGGAGCUAGUGCAAAGGGUUUCUUUGAGGUCACUCAUGAUAUAUCUAACCUCACUUGUGCUGACUUCCUUAGAGCUCCUGGUGUUCAGACUCCUGUCAUUGUUCGUUUCUCCACUGUCAUCCAUGAACGUGGAAGUCCUGAGACUUUGAGAGACCCUCGUGGCUUUGCAGUCAAGUUCUACACCAGAGAGGGAAACUUUGAUCUUGUCGGAAACAACUUCCCUGUCUUCUUCAUCCGCGACGGGAUGAAGUUCCCCGACAUGGUCCACGCCCUCAAACCAAACCCAAAAUCUCACAUCCAAGAGAACUGGAGAGUCCUAGACUUCUUCUCCCACCACCCUGAAAGCCUCAACAUGUUCACAUUCCUCUUCGAUGACAUUGGUAUCCCACAAGACUACAGACACAUGGAAGGUUCAGGUGUCAACACCUACAUGCUCAUCAACAAAUCCGGCAAAGCUCACUACGUGAAGUUCCACUGGAAACCAACUUGUGGAGUCAAGUCUCUACUAGAAGAAGAUGCUAUCCGCGUUGGUGGAACCAACCAUAGUCACGCGACUCAGGACUUGUAUGACUCUAUCGCUGCUGGUAAUUACCCUGAGUGGAAGCUCUUUGUUCAGAUAAUUGAUCCAGCUGAUGAAGACAAGUUUGACUUUGACCCUCUUGAUGUCACCAAGACAUGGCCUGAGGAUAUCUUGCCUCUUCAACCCGUUGGACGUAUGGUGUUGAACAAGAACAUUGAUAACUUCUUUGCGGAGAAUGAGCAGCUUGCUUUCUGCCCUGCUAUCAUUGUUCCGGGGAUACACUACUCUGAUGAUAAGCUGCUUCAGACACGUGUCUUCUCUUAUGCUGACACUCAGAGACAUCGUCUUGGACCAAACUAUUUGCAGUUACCAGUUAAUGCACCAAAAUGUGCUCACCACAAUAACCACCAUGAGGGUUUCAUGAAUUUCAUGCACAGGGACGAGGAGGUUAACUACUUCCCAUCUAGGUAUGACCCGGUUCGCCAUGCUGAGAAGUAUCCAACUCCACCAGCAGUCUGCUCUGGGAAACGUGAGAGGUGUAUUAUUGAGAAGGAGAACAACUUCAAGGAGCCUGGAGAGAGAUAUCGUUCCUUUACACCAGAGAGGUUACUCAUUGUUAUAUAUUACUUUUUUUUUUGUUACUCUCAAUACAUUUACAUGUGCUUAUUGUUUAAAUUGUUGAUUUUAACUUCAGGCAAGAACGUUUCAUCGGUAGAUGGAUUGAUGCUCUAUCAGACCCUCGCAUCACACAUGAAAUCCGCAGCAUUUGGAUCUCUUACUGGUCUCAGGCUGAUAAGUCACUGGGACAGAAGCUGGCGAGCCGUCUGAACGUGAGACCAAGCAUCUAAAACGAGUGAACAAGAUUCUUGAUUGGUCGUUGUGUGGUUCUAAUAGGCAAAGGAAGAAAGAUGGGAUGAGAUAAGAUGUGCCAUGAUAUAAUCUUUCAUCAUGUGGAUCUUAUGUGUUGUGUUGUAAUAUUUAUAUGUGUGAGACCAAAACAAAAACUUUUGUUGUGUUGUGUGUGACCUUGGUUUUGUCUCAUGUUCUUCACAAAUAAUACAUCAAAGAUUUUAUAAUAAUAGUCGGAGUCAUUUUAUGAGAGCC